UGACGGCCUUUUUGAACCGUUGAUAUAGUUAUCAUCAGAAGCCAUGGUCCAGUUCCACGCCAUCCACAUCCCACCACAACUUCCCUUACAACCCAAUUUCAGAGCAGGAGAACAGAGCUUUUGCAUCCAAAAACCAGAAUUUUAUGAAUAUCAAAUACACUUUAGAAGAGGGUUAAUCCAUGAAUACGCAUGCAUUGUAUCGUUCUUUAACACCGAAUGCUCUUAUCUGUGUCCCUUACUUUUCUCCAAGAUCAUUCCUUACCGUUCAAAAGCAAGCAAAUUUAUCAAUACCCAGUUUCAGAUAUUGCCAAGGCGGUGGCUUUGGCUUUGGCUUUGGCUUUACACCAAGACCGUUUGCACCACUUCUUUUCAGGUAUUAUAAGAGAAGAAAUGCGUGUACCCUUUUGAGAGCGAGCUGGAGAGAGUCUCCUUACGAAGUUUUGGGUGUUUCUGCUUCUGCAACUCCAGAUGAAAUCAAAAGGGCUUAUAGGAAACUUGCUUUGAAGUAUCACCCUGAUGUCAACAAAGAGGCAAAUGCACAAGAGAAAUUUAUGAGGAUUAAGCAUGCGUAUAAUACGUUGCUGAACUCUGAAUCUAGGAGAAGAUACAACCCUGGUCCUGGUGGUAACCGAACAUCUGAUUUUUCGUACUCUGGAACUCAAAGAAGCCAGAGCUCGAACACCCAAGAUGAAGAAUUCUAUGGAUUUGAGGACUUCUUUAGAGACCUUCAAGAAGAAUUUCGGAAUUGGGAAGCAAGUGCAUCACAAGAAAAGCCGAAAAGCUUGUGGGAGGAAUUAGCGGCGAUCGGAGAGGAAUUUGUUGAAUUUCUGGAGAAAGAGCUCAACAUAUCUGAUGAUGAAGCUGAAGAAAACAGCAGAAAUGACUUCAGUAAUCCUGAGAAAACAGGAGGCGGUUUUCAAAAUGAAGCUAACAAGAGUAGCAGCAUCGAGGAGAACAUCGAUGAAAUAGAAGCUACUCUUGCUAAGCUGAAAAAGGAGCUAGGUUUGUAACAAGGAAUUGCAGCAUUAUAUUGCCCCGGUGCAAGUCGAGCUGUUCUGCAAGCUUACCAUGCUGGGAAGUGAAUUACAGUAUAGCAUCCGAAUAUUUCCGACACUCAACAAGAUCCUUCUAUAUACGAAAUAUUGAUUGAUAUUUGUUCUUGGAGUAAUAGUAGAAAUAAAAAGAAGCCUUUUCUCUUGA